AUGCGCGAUAGAAAUACCAACACUGCACCGCGCGGCUGGCAUGUGCAAUAGUACACGACGCUCGUGAAAUCUUUUCGUUUGUGUAUUAAAAGGGCAAAAUCUAGCUGCCGAUUUUGUGCAUUCCAAGAUGGUCGAAGACAAGGAGAACGUUGCCAACGGGGAGCAGGUCUCUAAGAAGGGAGCCAAAAAACUGGCCAAGGCCGCCAAGAAAGCCGAACAGAAGGCAGAAAAUGCCUCUACUGUGGCAGCCAACAAUGCAGGCGGAGAUUCUGCCGAGGAUCACGCCGCCGGAAGAUACGGUCUCUCCGAGAUGAUUCAAUCCAAGGAUAAGCGUAGCGAAAGGAAUUUUGUUCCUGUUUUUGAACUGAGUGGCCAGGUGGGCAAAGGACUCGUCUGGGUGCGUGGACGCGUCCACACAUCCCGAGCUAAGGGCAAACAGUGUUUCCUUAUCCUGCGCCAACAGAGCAGCACGGUGCAGUGCAUCCUGGCUGUCGGCGAUGUCAUAUCCAAACAGAUGGUCAAGUUCGCGGGAAAUAUUCCCAAGGAGAGCAUCAUCGAUAUCCAGGCCAAGGCAGUGGCGGUGUCCAGUAAGAUUGAAUCCUGCACAGAGCAAACGCUGGAGCUAUCUGUCGAACAGAUAUUCGUGAUUUCCCAAGCGAAGGCUCAGUUGCCAUUGCAGAUCGAGGAUGCCUCGCGUCCCGAGAUUGCUGAUGAUGCGGAAGGUCUGAACAUUCGCGUUAACCAGGACACGCGCCUGGACAAUCGUGUACUGGACUUGAGGACUCCAGCAAAUCAGGCCAUAUUCCGUCUAGAAGCUGGAGUGUGCCGCCUGUUCCGUGAUAUCCUCACCGAGAAGGGCUUCACCGAGAUCCACACGCCCAAGAUCAUUUCGGCAGCCAGUGAGGGAGGCGCCAACGUGUUCACCGUGAGUUACUUCAAGGAUUCGGCUUAUCUGGCGCAGUCACCUCAGCUGUACAAGCAAAUGGCAAUUGCUGCUGAUUUCGACAAGGUCUACACCGUAGGCGCAGUUUUUCGGGCGGAAGAUUCCAACACUCAUCGCCAUUUGACUGAGUUUGUGGGUCUGGAUCUCGAAAUGGCUUUCAAGUACCAUUAUCAUGAGGUACUACACACGAUUGGCAACACGUUUACGGCCAUUUUCAAGGGUCUGCGCGACAAGUACGCCAAAGAGAUAGAAUCUGUUGGCCAGCAGUACAAGGUGGAUGCCUUUAAAUUUCUGGAGCCUCCACUAAUCCUUCAGUUUGCCGAUGGUGUGGCCAUGUUGCGUGAGGCUGGAGUGGAGACGGGCGACGAGGAGGAUCUAUCGACGCCCAACGAGAAGCUGUUGGGUCGUUUGGUCAAGGCCAAAUACGACACUGAUUUCUAUAUCCUUGACAAGUUCCCACUGGCGAUACGACCGUUCUACACAAUGCCCGAUCCGAACAAUCCCGUUUACUCCAAUUCCUAUGACAUGUUCAUGCGUGGCGAGGAGAUCUUGUCCGGGGCGCAGCGUAUCCACGAUCCCGAGUACUUAAUGGAGCGGGCCAAGCACCAUGGCAUCGAUACCUCCAAGAUUGCGGCGUACAUCGAGUCCUUCCGCUAUGGAUGUCCUCCGCAUGCUGGCGGUGGUAUUGGCAUGGAGCGCGUGGUGAUGCUGUAUCUGGGAUUGGACAACAUCCGCAAGACUUCCAUGUUCCCACGUGAUCCUAAGAGGUUAACGCCUUAAACACGCCAAACUCAAAAAACAACUCUACUCUUUAGAUGUGAAUUAAAUUCGAUGAAACAAUUGUUUUACUUUCCCUGUGACUUUCCAAGCAUUCAGUUCUUUUUAUUAUUUUUAAACCGAACCCAUUUUGUGUUUUUUUCCCAUUUCUCAAAGACUAACAUGCUGCAGAGUUGUUAAACAACGAGAAAAAUGUACGAGAAGACUGCCUAGAGUCAAAUUUAUUUGGAAACUCGUAAGAAAAUAAAUAUUUGCGCGUAUGUUUUGUACUUUAA